GGGAAACGUCAAGCUAGGCGGUUGUCUCAAUUUUUGCUUUUGCGAUUUUUAUAAAUUAUCUAGUAAAUAGAGAUCAGUUAAGUAGUGGAGUGUAGUAUAUUUAUGUUUAUCUUUCUAUUUAUUUAAUAGUUAGUGAUUUUGGCAGUGCUCUGGCUUCUACUGAUAAUGGAGAGUAGAAACAACAAGAAGUGCGUUAUUUGUAAUAAGAGGCGAAGUCGUGGUGGAUCACCCUUACUUUUGAGUAGGUUUCCUCUGGAUUCUGACCGUUGUCGAAUGUGGGUUAAAAAUGCUGGCUUAGAAGACUUAGCAUAUGUACCUAUUGAAAAGUUACACCAACUGAAGUUUGUUUGUGGUGGGCACUUCACUCCUGAAUCCUUCAAUGCCAAAGGAACUCGGCUGAAGAACUCAGCUAUUCCAACACUGGAAUUGAGCAAUCCCAUCUUGCCAGAUGAAGUUUUGACAGAGUUUCCUCUUCAUGUAAAAGACUCCAAUAAAGAAAACCUCAAGACAGUUCUUUAUGAUCAUUCAUAUUGCAUUCCAAAGAAGUCAAAUCCAGUUGAACGAGUUCCCCUUACAACUACAACCAAACAACUAAAUUCAACAUGUUUGGGAGCUGUGGAUAUACCAGAUUCUGGUAUUUCUGCGAAAACAACUUUUGAACCUCUUCCUUCUACUUCCAAUGCACCAGAACAUAUGACCUAUAAACCCAUUACUGUUACAUUAUGGUAA